AUGGCAGUCGACAUAAAUAUUAAAGAACUUUUGGUCGUAGGAGAUUAUGAAUUGCUUAUACACCAAGUCCAAGGAGAAUGGUCCACCAAGAAUGUCAAGAUACUGUCGUACCUGCACUACAUGAAGGAACUGUGCAAGAAGUUCACAAAGAUUGAGUUCAAGCAUGUCCUCAGUAUUCAGAAUGAGUUCGUCGACUCCCUUGCAAUCCUAUCGUCUAUGAUUCAGCAUCCAGACAAAAAUUACAUCGAACCUAUCGAGGUAGAGAUCAGGGAUCAACAUGCCUAUUGCUUCCAUAUAGAAGAAGAACCCAAUGGUAAUCCGUGGUACCACUACAUCAAGAAAUUCCUUGCGACCAAGGUAUACUCGGAGAAUGCUACUAAUGGUCAAAAGCGAGCACUCGAGAGGCUGGCAAACCACUUUUUCCUCAACGGGGAAGUCCUGUACAGGAGGACCCCGGACUUAUGGGAUAUGCGGGCCCCAGAUGAACGUGUUCAUAUUAGCCACGAAGGUUUGGAGAGCUGGAUACUUUUGGAUGACUAUGGAAAAUGA